GGCUGCUGAUGGUGAAUACUGCUUGAACUCGAAAUACUUCAUGUGUCGGUGCUUUACCAUUUGUUAGAAAUUUGUUAACCAUCUAGAUGCUGCCAGCUUCGAAGUCUGCUUGAAAAGAAACGAUAAUUUGUGAGCAUUCAGAAUGUAGAAGUUUAUUGCAAUAAUAACUGCGCAUUUCAGCGUUUGGGAUUACAAUGGAUGAUGUUUUCUACUAGAUACUAUGCGGUCGUCAAAGAAACUGUGCAUUUACUGCAGCGAGUUGGCUGGUGCGAACCAAGGAUAGACACAGACGGUUGAUUUCUCCUCAAUGCACGUUGAUCUCAGAUAUUGUAAUUAAUAACAAUAUUUCUCCAUCUGUUCACAAUGGAAACCGAAAUCUGGGCCUCGAUGUAUGUCGUUCCCGUUAUUGGAGUAUUUAUCUUGGCCGGUGCGGUAUAUUUUCUCAGUUUUCGAACCAAAGACGAUGGUAGUGAUCAGCUGAAAAAUUAUCUGAACGUCCUGAGUGAUGACGAAAAGAACCGGAGGACGAAGCGAUUGCGCAAGUUCGGGAAUACCAGACAGAAACUGCCGAGCGGAAAUGGCGGAGACAGUGAAAGCAAACAGGUUGAUUCGGAUUCGGAGAAUAUUAAUGCCGUUGCUUCCUCUGCGGAACGAAACGCAACGACAGACACAAGUUUUUCACCGAAUAAACUCACUCAGGUGGUCAAUAAAAAAGUUGAUCCGGUUGAAAACGCCAGAUCAGCACUGUUGGAUAGCCUAGCUGUCAAAGAACAUGAUUACAGCAGCGGUAUUGUGUCGCUGUCGUCUUCCACACCGGAAACUGUCACAGAUGCUGAAGGGACAGAGGCCACUGCAACGAACGGCACCGAAAUGAUACCGGAUGGUGCUGCGGGCUGGCAUAAGGCAGUGUCACGUAAGGACAAAAAGCUCUACAAUACUCAAGAAAGUAAAUGUGACGAUGCUACAAACCAUUCAACUACAAGUGAUGAAAGCCGUCCGUCUUUCAAGAAUUCAUGCAGUUCACGCAAUUCUUCACCAUAUCGGCAUCGUAUGACCUCCCACAACAGGUCAAAUGAGAGAACCGCGCUGCAACAUCGCAAGCCAGCCAGCCGCAAGUCGACGAUGGUCGCUGCUGCAGCGGUCAAACCAGCGCAUGUGCUACAACGCCCUGAACACUUGAAACUGGAUUCUAAUAGCCGGCUGCCGGCCAACAGCAACAACCAGCAGCAUCUCGUAAUAAGUAAUUCGCAUAAUCGACCCACAAUCCUCUUGAAAGCUAACAACGACCACUACCACGUUCCUUACGGAUGUUUCACCUCUAAAUCGGCAUCCAGUGUCGCUGUUGCUGCGGCUGGCAAAAUUGUCUCGCCUGAGCGCAACGAUAUGUGCAUCCAAACUGACGAAAAUGAGGAGUUUCCUUCACCACUGGAGGGAUUACGUGAAGUGAGCGAAGGCAAACCACGUUUCAUCAUUAUGAUGGACUUCUCCGCCCAAGUAGAUCUGGACGAAGACAGCGGUCUAGAAUCUGAAGAUCGGAUGAAUUUCGAUUUAAACGGUAGUCUGAGCUCCGGUGACGGAUCCAACCGUGUCACUCCCGUCUUAGAAGAAGGCGGAAAGGAUUUCGCGAUUACCUUUGAGAAAUCGUUGGCCGUACACCGCCGCACUGUAUCCGACUCUAUACAGCAUUCCCGCAAGCGGGUAGUAUUAACAGCAGGCGGAAAUGGGAGAAGGUGGGGCGCAGGCGCAGCUGGCUGUGAUGGCAGUGGAGACGGUGUGGGAGGGACGUAUUAUGGCGCAAUGCGCGGCGCUCUACGAACAUCUGCGUGUAGAGAAAAGACGCCCUCCUCGGAUUUGAUCGAUAAUGCUGCGCGUCGUGGACGACAGAGCAACGGACGCUGGCGGAACUGACAAGGAUGAUAAAGCUCUGCGUUGUCUGCCACUUGGUUCCGCAUAUAUCUUUGUUGACUGGUGCGGAUCUUUUUAUACACAUUGCAUGCUACGCCUGUUGCUUUCGGAGAAAGAGAUUACCUCAGGGAGAUUUUUGUCUAAUUUAAGCAAAGGGGAAAUUUAUUACUUGGAGGAAUUAUUUUUUAUUUAGAAGGGGACAUUUUUUUAUGAUUGUCGUUAUCGCUUGGUGAUUAAGGCCGCCUGACAAAAAUGGCCACAUUUUUUGGGGGAUUCAUUCGCUGUUAUAUGCUGCAGUCUUCGUAUUUUUUCUCAGUUCUUUCCGGUUGCAUUCCAUUCUCUUAUGCUUUUUCUUUGGACUUUUUGUAAUCUCGUUUUAAUCUUACCGCAUUGCCAGUUUACAUUCCGUGCAAGAAUCGACAAUGAUUGAAAUGGAACGGAGAAAUGGCUGUAAAUAUUGUUGGAGGAUUCCUUCCCGUUUUUUGUCCUUUAUCGUCCGAUGAGGGAGCAUAUUGGUGAUCUACUCGUUGUUGUUUCUAUAGAAUCGAAAUUUGUAAUUACCGUUUUGCGUUCAAGUUUUCCAUUUUUUGGAAAGAACAUGACGGUUAUAUUUUUGGUAAUUGGGCAACUUGCAUGUUAAAACAAUGCAGAGCUUUACUUUUUUGCUACUUUUUUGUCAUUUGUACUUUUUCGGCUCUUUUCUGAUGUGUUAUUCCGGGUCUUUGAUACAUUCACAAAUCACUUACGCUUGCUUGUUCGAUCCGUUUGUAAAGCAUUAGGCUUCCUUGGUCAAACUAAUAAAAAUUUAUGGACGGU